AUGCUUCCCAAUUCUCCCGUUGAUAACAAAAUCUUUACUGAGAGAGAGAAGCAGAUUAUUAUUUUCCGUCUUAAGGAUAAUCUAACCGGUAUUGAAACUAAAGUGUUCAAAUGGAGCCAAGUUAAGGAAGUGUUUUUCGAUCCAAAGACGUAUUUCUUCUUCCUCAUUAGUUUCUUCGGUAACAUUCCCAACGGCGGUCUUUCCAACUUCGGUACCCUGAUUAUUCAAGGUUUCGGUUUCUCUACUUUAGUCACUACUCUUAUGCAGAUUCCCAAUGGUGCAGUCAUUUCCGGAUCUAUUCUGUUAGCUGUGUUUUUGAAUAACAGAUUUAAGAACCGUCGUGUGCUGUUUGCUGUUCUGUUUAUUAUUCCCAACAUAGUCGGUGCUUUUGGUCUGUACUUUAUUCACGACAGUCACCGAAUCGGCAGACUCAUCUGUUACUACCUGACUGGUCCUUAUAACGCAGCGUUUGUGCUACUGCUAUCGGUGACCACUGCCAAUACUGCCGGCCAUACUAAGAAGGUCAUGACCAAUGCCAUUCUGUUCAUGGGGGUCUGUGUAGGAAAUAUUGCUGGUCCAUUUUUCUACAAGACCGACCAAGCUCCUAAAUACCCUCUUGGCAUGGGUUCUCUCAUCUUCUCCAAUAUUUCUGAGGCCGUGCUCAUUGCCGUGUUGGGUCUACAUCUCUACAGACAAAACAAGAAACGCGACAGAGACUAUCCUGCUCAGGAACUCGACCAUGAUGGAACUGGUGCUUUCUUGGAUCUGACUGAUAUCCAGAAUAAGAACUUCAGAUACAUCUACUAG